GAUUCUUACCGGAACUGGCACCUGUUGCUUCGCAUCAAUCCCAGUCUGAGACGGAGCCAAGGAGAGGGACAGUCAAGAGUCCUCUGCGCUGCAUAAAACAAGGAGCUUUUUUAAACACGCGACGAGUUUACCUCAGCCCGCAGGCAAGACAGGGUUCCGACAUGGAGGAAGAUAUCUUCAAAUCAGUCGAGGAAGAUCUCGCCGAAGCAAUACAAGAAUUACCUCCGCAAGCAGAGCCAUCGCGACGUCAAGAUGUUCAGAUUUUGAAGAAGAGUAAAAAGAUCAGCGAGAAAUCAGACGACACAGAGAAGGAAAAGGACGAGUUGCAAAUAGAAGAAAUAAGGACAGAAAACUCAAGACGCAGAAGCGACAGACAGAAGGCACCGCAGAAAACAAUCACCGAAACAGCAAAGGAUACGAAACAGAGCAGUAAAAAGACAGGAGAAGUGAAGCUGCCAAGAUUGGGCGUCGAAAAGAUCGAAGCGAAAGUUGCCGGAGAAGAAGAUCCCUUGGCGGGGAUCACCUUAAACAGGUGUCUUAUAGUGGCCACAGUGAUUGUGCUUCUGACCAUGGGAGUGCAGGUGAUCGCAGGUGUUUUUGAACUAGACGACGAGGCUGAUUCCAUGUUGUCCUACUCUGACAACGGGCUUCCAGAUGAUGACGAUUUGACCCUGGACGUAAGGACUGCGUUCGAGGAUCGGGGACACAUUUCAGGACCCGAGAAAGUUGCGGAGCACGAGAAAAAGGUUCCCUUCGCUGCCCCGGCCCGAACGGACGCCAGAAAACGCCACGAGAGACCGAAGGACGAGGCAGCCCAGAGGAAGCCCUCUCCGCAAGCUAAGGACAUAAAGGUUCCGAGGGGCGGUUUCAAGCCAAAAGACGGCAGCAACUCAGCCUCAAAGACCGGACCGGGGAAAGAACACAAACACAAACCCAAACCCAAACCCGAGAAGAGAGACGAUAAACACUUCAAAAAAGAACACAAGUCGGAAAAGCACAGAGGGCUGAAGGAGCCGCACUUCAAAGAAGGGGAGGACAAGAAAUUUUACAAGGGCAAAGAAGAGGCCCGUGAUAAGGGGGGUAAAUUUAAUCACAGCUCUCCCAGGAAGUAUGACAAAAAUGCCAAACAAGAUACGUACAGAAAACACCAAGGCCAAGCCAGAGACUUUGAAAAGCACAAGCCGUACGGGAGGAACAAGCCACGGGGCGACGACGUCAGCCGAAAGCACGAUUACAAAGGGCACAAAGAAUACGACGGCCAUAGCAAGCAGCAGCUCGGGCCGGUCAGGGCUGACGAGCGCGACGGUGUCGAGAGCGGCCACAAGAAACCCGGCGCGCCGAAGCCCGGGGGCAAAAAUAGGUUCACGGAGAGCAAAAGACACGACUAGGUUCCGAGUCCCACUCACGCGCACGCAGUCACGUCGCGGGUCGCGGGUCGCGAGUCGCGGUCGGCGAAAGACAAACAAAAAAACAAAACAAAACAGUGUUUUC